CAAAUAUUACCUGACCAUCCCAAUCAAUAAUGUGGAAUUGGUGGGAGAUAAUAAAUUAUUUAUUGCAUGUUCUUCGAGUGAUAAUUUGAUAAAGUCCCAAAGAAGAAUACGCGGGUGGGUAUAAAAGAACUCUCUCAGCUCUGAACGUGUGCUAGUCACUAAACUGAUCGCUGCAGGUGUGCUUCCAGCUUAAUAGGUGCAAAAAGUGUUGUAUUCUGUGACAAAAUUUAAUGUGAACUUUUUUUGUGAGUUGAAAUGAGAAGUUUUUGGGGAGGAUUUAUUGGAGCUGUGAUGCUUUUAGCAUCACUGCAGCCACUUCAGUCUCUCCCAGCACUCAAUGGAUCAUCUCUGCAACUUCUUGCACUAACUGAGACCGAAAUGAUGGAGGUUCUCGAUAAGUACAACAAUGAUGCCAUUUCUUACUGCAAUGCUCAAUCAUUGGCAAACUGGGACGUUCAGACACACGUCGGUGAUCAAACUUAUACGCAAAUUCAGGUUGAAAAAUCCUUGGAAUACGCAAACUUCCGUAAGGAGCACUACGACUUGUAUUUCAAGGAUGCCAUAAUUGAUGACUACACAGAUGAAGGUGUGCGAAGACAAUUAAAGUUCUUGAAAGAUUUAGGAUCUUCAGCGAUGAGUGAUGAUGAUUUAAAGCAGUUCACAGAUACCAGAAAUGCCAUGACUGCUAUAUACAAUUCCGCCAAAAUAUGCCCAUACACCCAGAGAGAUUGUGAAAGUGAUCCCAACUUCACAGACUACCUCACACUUGAUCCCGAAAUUGAGGUUCGCAUGGCUGAAUCGCGGGACUACGAUGAACUCCAAUAUCUGUGGACGGAAUGGCGGGAGAAGUCUGGGAAACUAAUGCGUGAAGACUACAAGGAAUACGUGAGACUGAUAAAUUUAAUGGCUCAAUUGAAUGGUUAUACGGAAGCUGGAGAAAUGUGGCGAGGACGGUACGAGGUGGAUAAUUUUGAGCAGAUGGCCGAAGAUCUCUGGGUACAAGUGGAACCUCUCUAUAACGAACUCCAUACGUAUGUUAAGCUAAAAUUGGAGCAGAUUUACAAAGACAAAUUGGAUCCACGAGAUGAAACAAUUCCGGCUCAUAUCUUGGGAAAUAUGUGGGCACAGUCAUGGUCAAAUCUCUACGAAGAUCUCAAGCCAUUCAAAAAUGCAACUCUUGUGGAUGUUACCGGGAAGAUGUUGGAGCAGGGAUAUACAAUUAUGAGAAUGUUUGAAGAUUCUGAUGAAUACUACGAGAGUCUUGGCCUCGGAAGGCAAGAGAUGAGCUACAAUCCACCAUCGAUUAUUGAGAAGCCCGAAGAUCGUAUCAUUGCUUGCCAUGCAUCUGCUUGGGACUUCUGUAAUGGACAAGAUUUCCGCAUUAAAAUGUGCACGAAAAUUAACAUGAAGGACUACAAUACGGUUCAUCAUGAAAUGGGUCACAUCAAUUACUACCUUCACUACAGGGAUCUUCCAUUAUUGCUGCGUGGUGGAGCCAAUCCUGGUUUCCAUGAAGCUGUUGGCGAUGCUAUAUCCCUUGCCGUUGAAACACCCCAACACCUUCAACGUAUCAACUUGCUGGAUGAGUAUGCUGACUCAGAAGAAGAUAACAUCAACGCCUUAUUCUCCAUGGCUCUUGAAAGGGUAGCCUUCCUUCCAUUUGGCUAUCUCAUCGAUAAAUGGCGAUGGGAUGUCUUCCGCAAUGCAAUUCCUGAGUCACAGUGGAACAGCCACUGGUGGGCACUACGUCGUCGCUACCAAAAGAUUUCCCCACCUGUAGAGCGUUCAGAGGAAUAUUUUGACCCUGGUGCAAAGUAUCACAUUCCCGCUGACUCGCAGUAUAUGUCCUACUUUACGGCUCGCAUUCUGCAGUUCCAAUUCUACAAAGCCAUGUGCAUUGCUGCUGGACAAUACGAUGAAAAUAAUCCUCAGGCACAGCCUCUGCAUAAGUGCAACUUUUAUCAAUCAGUUGCAGCAGGAGAUCGAUUGAAGGCUGGUCUUCAACUGGGUACUAGUAAGCAUUGGUCUGAUGCUUUGGAGGCCAUUACUGGAUCCCGAGUUAUGGAUGCAAGUCCUCUUAUUGAGUACUUCCAACCACUUUAUGACUUCCUAAAGGUUGAGAAUGAAAAUCUACGAAAUGAAGCUAUGCAAGAGACACUCAGAGAAUACAAUGUCUUGGCUGCAGAAGAAGCAGCAAAGAUGGUUCAUGCAAGUUGGGAUGUAUCAACCAAUAUUGGUAAUACUGCUAUUCAAGAGCAAUACAAUCAGGCAGUGCUGCAAAAUGCCCAAUUCCAUAAAGAAAAGUAUGAAGAAAUUUUCAGUGGACUCAAUCCAGAAGACUAUACAGACGAAGAUGUUCGGCGUCAGUUGCUCUAUCUAACAAAACUGGGCAUUAGUAUUCUUCCAGAAGAAGAUUUAAGUACCCUAACUGCUGCAAAACUUAGAAUGGAAAAUACCUAUUCAGAUGCAAAGAUUUGCCCCUACACAAAAAGAGACUGCAACGUUGAUACAGAUCCUGAUGCUCUAACAUUGGAUCCAGAAAUUACAAAAGUCAUGGCUGAAUCUACAGAUUACGAUGAAUUGGAGUACGUUUGGAAGGAAUGGCGCGAAAAGAGUGGAAAAUUGAUGAGAAGCGAUUACAAGACGUACAUCGAUCUGUCCAAUAGGGCAGCAACGAUGAAUGGUUUUGCUGAUUACGGAGAUAUGUGGCGCUUUGAAUAUGAAGAUCCCAACUUUGCCCAAAAUAUGGAGAAUCUCUGGAAUCAAGUUGAACCUCUGUACAGCACCCUUCAUACCUAUGUUCGACACAAAUUGAUUGAUAUCUACGGAUCGGACAAAGUAAAGGUUGAUGAAGAUUUAAUUCCAGCUCAUCUUCUUGGCAAUAUGUGGGCUCAAUCAUGGGUGAACCUGUACGAUAGAAUUAAGCCUUUUGAUGCAAGUGUGGUUGAUGUUACCCAGAGCUUAGUGGAUGGAGGAUAUACCGCAUUUAGGAUGUUUGAGGUUUCCAAUGAGUUCUUCAUGUCUUUGGGGCUACCUUCAAAUGAAAUGAGCUAUACAGGGCAGUCAAUUAUUGAAAAACCCACCGAUAGGGUCAUUACGUGCCACGCUUCAGCCUGGGAUUUCAUGGAUGGUGAAGAUUUCCGAGUGAAAAUGUGUACCACCAUCAAUAUGGAGGAUUUUAUCACAGUUCAUCAUGAAAUGGGGCAUAUCGCAUAUUUUAUUCUCUACAAGGAUCAACCUGUUAUCUUCCGCGGAGGUGCUAAUCCAGGCUUCCACGAAGCCGUUGGCGAUCUCAUAGCACUCUCAGUUUCAACUCCAACACAUUUGCAAAAGAUUGGCCUUCUGCAGAACUACGCUGAUACGAGGGAGGACAAUAUUAAUGCCUUAUUCCAAAUGGCUCUAGAACGUGUGGCUUUUUUGCCAUUUGGACUUCUUAUUGAUAAGUGGCGAUGGGAAAUCUUCAGUGGAGCCAUCCCAGAGUCCAGCUGGAAUGCAGAAUGGUGGAAUAUGAGGAAGAGGUAUCAGAAAAUUGAGCCACCAAAUGGAGAAACUCGUGGAGAGGAAUUCUUCGAUGCUGGUGCCAAAUUCCACGUUCCUGCUGACUAUAAGUACAUGUCCUAUUUCGUGGCACAUAUUUUAGAAUUCCAGCUUCACAAAGCCAUGUGCAUUACUGCUGGGCAGUACAAUCCCAACAAUCCAACUGCAAAUCCCCUCCAUAAGUGCGAUAUUCACAACUCCUUGGAAGUUGGUGAAAAAUUGAGAGCAGGUCUCGGAUUGGGACUCAGCAAGCACUGGUCUGAAGCCCUAAGGGAGAUGACUGGGGAGACAGAACUUAGUGCAGCAGCUCUCCUUGAAUACUUCAGCCCUCUGGUUGAGUAUCUGCAGGAGGAGAAUGAAAAAUGGGAGCUAAAGGAAGAAGAAACUAGCAACAGAAUCCCCGUAAUAGUGGGAUCUGUAAUUGGAUCCCUCCUAGCUGUGUGCCUUAUUGGAUAUGGAAUCUAUCUCUUCCGGAAAAGGAGGAUAGCAAAAAAGCAAAUUGGAGAAAUAACGCCGGAUGAGAAGAAUUGAAUCCACGUUGUAAUAACGGUUAGGCAGUACUAAAUGUUUGAAAAUACAUUUUAUGCUAUGCAAAAACCAACGAAGCUCCCAUUCACCACGAGGCGGUGUUCAUAAACGCACUUUGAAUCAUAACUUCCAUUCACAACUAACUAAGAGGCCGCAAGAUGUCGGUCAGAGUAUUAAGAAAAGCUUCUUGUUGAGAGCAUAAAAAUUAUUUUUCACAGUUUAUUAAACAAUCAUUGUUAUGUAAAAUAUAGCAAUAAAAUGAAAAUUAUUAAAAAUUA